UCUGCUAUAAAUAAGCUGAAGAUCAUCGGCAUCAAGUAUAUGAGCAAAGAAAAUAAGCUAAUUGUUAAGGUCAUCACUCAGAAAGUUCCUGCAAAAGCAUCACUCAAACAUGUCUUACUUCAAACUCGCUGUCAUCGCAUUUUUUCUGUUCGCUGCUUCAGCUAUGGCAAUGCCUGAUGCAAAAAUUCAAUCCGUCACAAGGAAAGAAAAAGUGGGUGAAGGACUGCUGCAGGCAGAAAUAAAAGCAUUGAUGGAACUUAAACAAGUUGAGAAGGCAAUGAUUUCAAACUUAAGGCAAAAAAUGAUGGGAGCAGAUGAUCACUGUGCUCCAUCAGGUACCAUUUGUGCGCCCAAUGGACCUGAAGAGUACUGUUGCUCCCACUCCUGCGUUCCUCAUCCUAUUCUUAGGAUUUUUGUCUGCGCAUAAUCAGCUAAAUAAGCUCCUUAAUAUGGAGUCAUCAAUCAUGCACCUUACUAAAUAAUGUGUAUGAUUUAUGAAUGUUUGUAGUAUGAAGGAUAUAGAUGGUCUCUUAAGUUUCUAUUCUUGGAUAGAGAGAUGAAGUUGGAUAUGUAUAUUCAACUACUCUUCAGAAAAGAAUUUCUAUGUUUUCUGUUUUUCCAAUAAUCAGAGAUCCUCCUUCUUGUAAUAUAUUUUGUUUUAUGUUUUGAUCAAUAAGAUGCUUAUUGCGUCGGAUCG